GUAAUUCCUCCGCGUUUUCCAUCGACUCUCAACUCUCAACUCUUGGACUCCUCUCCCCCGGCGGCUGCGCAUGCGAUAGAGAGAAAGGGAGUCAAUCUUGCCCCCGUGGUGCUAUUCCCUGUGUGAUGAAAUCCCGCGCUUCAUCCCUCGCUGCGGUUUUAUUCGCCGUGACGCCCGCUAACGUGGGUGCCUUCGUGCCCAGCUCAGUCCGCUUGGGAUCAUGUUUCGGAAGACACGCGUGCAAGGUCAAGGCCGGGGAAUGGGGCUGUCAUGACGGCCCUUGCCGUGGUGCCAUGCUGGCGAGGAGAGCGAGGCGAUGGAGCACAAUGACAGCGGCACAAGAAGAGAGCGCGGAAGCCUCGGACGAGAGCGGCGGCAGCAGCAGCAAGCACCAGGAGGAGGAGGACGGAGAGGAUGCCGUCUGGGCACGGGCGGAGCUACCGAUGAGCAACGACGUACAAGUGGAGCAAGCAACUCGUGCGGUGUGGCAGGCUCUCUCUGACGGUAAGACUCGCCAGAUUUUGAGGCUGUCCCUCCCUUUGAUCGGGAAAACCGAGAUCGACGACUGGCCGGGUGGGGAUCGACAACGCUACAAGGCCUGUGGGCCAAUGGUAGAAAGCGUGUUGCGUGGAAAUCCAGCGGCAAAGGAAGGCGCGUCGAUUGUGGAGCAGAUUCUUGACGAGUCUGACGCGGUGGGGCUCAUGCAGCUACAGUGCAAGGAGGCCAAAGACGACGCUUCCGUCAUGAUUUUUCCGACAACGGACACUCUCUCCUUGCAGCAGCAGGUAGCGGCGGGCGCCGGCUCCCGGCUCGUGGCGCUCGUCAAUCCUGCAUGGAGGUCCUCAUCAGACUUCGGGCUGUUCCAGGCCGGAGAAGCAGAGGAGACGCUGUCCGAGUUUGAGGUCACCUACUCGCUCCAGAGCCUUGUAGUCUACGGUUACACGCUACGGCUGCUGUACUGCUACCCUGGCCCGUGGAGGCUCUUCCUCAUCGGUGAAGGCAGCGGAAAGCGCGAGCUCCUGGGUUCUUGGGACCGAAGCCCGCCAACAAACGACCAAGUGGAGAGCGCGGUGUUCGACAAGAAAGGAAAGCCGAACGCCUCGGAAAGGGUCCAGGCUAGCGCAAAGUUUUUCCAGGAUAGCUUAUGAUGUUUGCGCUACAAAGUGCGUCACGAUAUAUCCCGAGGGUAGAAAACACAGUAGUUAACGAGGUUUCUACAGUACAGCAGCCCGCUCGUAAAUAGCAGUACAACAGCCCGCUCGAAAAUAGUGCAGCAAAGAUAGAUCUUAUAUUGGAGUCUUCUCAUCCUGAACAGCGUUGUGACUCUCCAAGUAAAUUCGGCCGGCAGUAGAGUAUCGCAGCACGCCACAUGUUAUCCGUGGCUGAUGUGGCAUUGGCUUUUUUGUUUCUUUUUAGGCCAUAGCGCAAGCAUCGUAGAGAAAGAUGUAGCCAAAGAUGAUGCGGGGACGACGAGAAGCAAUAGAGGAGAUUACACCCCACACCACCAACUACUGUCGCUGUUUGGCGGUAUACAGAUGCUUGUCGGGAGGGAGGUACAGACUCAUGGCGACAGCUUUGAACGGGGAGAGUGUAGGUGGGUGGACGACGAGUGUUUCCAUGGCCGAUUAGAUUGGCAAGCGUGCGCGUGUGCGUCGAGAGGUGGCGCAUCGCCGGGCUCGAAUAUGUUGAGCACACCGGACGCAAUGGACACCGACGCAAACACUUUCAAACACACAAAAGUAAAAUAAUGUCCAUGCGGGAACCCACGGAAAGGAAUAGGCGCCGCACUCUUGGCGGUGGUCUCAUCAUGUUGGAAAUCAGAGGCUUCGGGUCUGCGCAGAAUGUAGUCAUAAACAGGUCACUGGUGGGAUUGCCUACGCUAGAUUGCUUGGUGUAUUGUUGUCAGCGAACGUCAGAUCUGCUGAAAAGCGAUCCUCACUAAAACAAAGAUAGUAGUUUAUCUGUUCAAAGUGACCUGUGCUACGGCGGUAAGUAGCAGCAGAAGUGUGUGCCACACCAUUGUGACAUGUGACAGGUGUGCGGAGAUGCACUGUACACGUGAGUUUACAACCAAAUGGAAUUUGGCUCGAAGAGAAAUACUGAGAAGGGACGCUGGGCAGGAAGCAGAGUGCGUUCCGGUGGGGGUUGUGCGCUCUGCCUGGUCGGCGUUUUGGUGGAUUACCAACGACACCACGAAGAACCUUAGUAACAGUCCGGAACCGAUCCGGGAUAUAAAU